GCGGACCCGGCGGAUCCCUGGGAAUGAGAGUCCCCCUCCAGGCCCCGGAGUAGAGUUUCCACCGGAGGCGCAAACGACUGCUCAGCAGCGGGGGGCGCACUGAAGCCCCCCCUCCUGCCCCUCGGACUUGGAGCUGUCAGCGGCCCUCGGCUCGCCCCCGGAGAGGAGGGGAUCGAGGGGAAGCUGGGCCUGAGCCGGGGGGAGGGAGCCGGGCCUCCUUCAGGGUGCUGCCUGCAGGGCCGAGUAAUCCGGGCCACUUUGCGCGCCACGUGCGGCCCCGUCGACCAAGCCGCGCCGGAUUAAGCGCUCCGGACGGAGAGCCCCGCCCGUGGGGCCCGCGGUCUGCCCCCGCCCGCCGCCCGGCCAAGCAAGGGGCGCAGCCACCCCCCACCCCCCACCCCCGCCGCGCCAUCCGGCCAGCCCGGACCAGAGCAGCGCGGGCGGCGCGGGGCGGUUGCUGGGCGUUUUCGGGAGCGGGGGCUCCGUCCGUCCGUCCGCCCUGAGCCCCGGCCACGUUCGCCUUUCCUGCCCGGGGCUGCGGCUGCCGGGAGGGCCGCGCGGCGGGGGCGGCGGGUGGGCCGGGCCGGAGGCGGCUCCCGGUGUCUGGACGGCGGAGGCGAGGUGGUCUGCCUGCCUGCCUGCCUGCCGGGCAUGAAGGCGUCGGCGUCGGGGGGGCCGGGGCGGGAAGGCGGGCGGGGGGGCCAGGGGCGGCGGGGGGGCCGCCGGGCGCGGGCGCUGCUGUCGGUGGGGCUGAACCUGGCGGCGCUGCUGUCGUCGGCCACGGCCUUCGGGACGACGCACUGGUGCGAGGGGACGCAGCGGGUGCCCAAGCCCACCUGCGGCCCCCUGCGGCGCACCAACUGCCUCGACUACGGCGGCGGCGGCAACGAGAGCGAGGGGGGGCUGCACUACAGCUGGGAGACGGGCGACGACCGCUUUCUCUUCCGGGCCUUCCACGCCGGCAUCUGGUACUCCUGCGAGGAGGACCUCAACACGCCCGGUGAGAAAUGCCGCAGUUUCAUCGACCUGGCUCCGGCUUCGGAGAGAGGGGUGCUGUGGCUGUCUGUGGCAUCUGAAGUGCUCUACAUCGCGCUGCUGGUGGUGGGGUUCAGCCUCAUGUGCCUCGAACUGGCUCGCUCCAACAACUUGAUUGAUGGGCUGAAGCUCAAUGCUUUUGCUGCUGUCUUCACGGUGUUGUCAGGACUGUUGGGAAUGGUGGCUCACAUGAUGUACACACAAGUGUUCCAGGUGACGGUCAGCCUGGGGCCGGAGGACUGGAGGCCCCACUCCUGGGACUACGGCUGGUCCUUCUGCCUGGCCUGGGGCUCCUUUACCUGCUGCAUGGCUGCCUCGGUCACCACCUUGAAUUCCUACACCAAGACGGUCAUCGAGUUCCGGCACAAGCGUAAAGUUUUUGAGCAGGGCCUGCCAGAGGACCCUGCCAGCUCAGCAGAUCCGGAGCCUGCCAAGUAUAUCCACGAGAGGGCUGCAACUUACCCAGCUAUAAAGCCCCCCCCAGCCGCCAGCGGUCCAGAGGGACAGGAGAGGCUCUCGUGUUCUCUGUCGAGGUCUUCCACCAGCUCCGUAAAGUCCUCUUUGUUUUCAUCCGAGCCUCCCAGCUGGCUCUCUUCCCUUAGAAUUGGCCGUGUCGCUCGACCCCGGAACCCAUGCCCGCAGCAGAGGGUGACCGCGGCAGCAAGGGCCAGCUCUGUGGCCUCUGGGCUGGCCCAUCUGAAUGCUAGCCCAGGGCUGAAGGCCACGCGAGCAGGCGGCACCCUCUGCUUUGCUACUCAAGAGGGUCUGGCUUCCCCUGAAGGCAGCAGGCUGAGAGGCCCUGAGGGGGUGAAACCGCCCGAUGGAUGUGCACUGUUUGCAGACAAGGAGCCCAGCCUGACUUGGGAAGAGGAGGCCCGCCACACGAGGCGCUUCGUCACCUGGCGGGAGUUCCUAACCAUGGACCGGGAACUGGACCACGUCCGCGCAGAGCUGCGUUGCCUGAAGUGGCAGGUGAGGCACAUGGGAGAGGGUGUCCCGCCACUGGCCGAGGAACCCAAGCGCUACAACGGCUACACCUGGACGGAGCUGAAGGCCAUGGUGCAGUUUGAGAGGGACCCCUACAAAGCCGCCCGCACCAUCCUCACAGCCCUCUUCAGCGAUGUCUACCUGCGGCAGCAGUCUGUGGCCGAGCCGGCCUGUGACACCCAGACCCCCCGAAAGCCCCAAAUUGACCCAGAGCUGUACACAGUCUAUUGCGGCAUCCUGCAAAGUGUCUUUCCUGGCCUGAAGGGGGAAAGGGAGGCAGUGGGCGCAGAAAGGGACCCCAAAGGAAGCCCAAGAAAUGCAGGCCAGAGGAGGGAGGCUUCCCAGACCAGCUCCGUGCUGGAGAUUUUCCAGGAACUGUUCUGUGGGGCAGGGGCUGGCCAGCAGGAAGAGGGGGCUUUGGCAUGACCAGAGAGGAGGAGGGUAGACCCUGAGCUGCUGGGGCCCCGAGCUGUAUCCAGAGUGGCCUGGGAGAGGCGUUUCAAUCUGCUGAAAUUCCUGCCCAAAAGGAAACAACAAAGGGAGUUGCUUUUCUUGUGUCUCCUGGGCUUCUGUGUCUUCCAGAAAAGUAGUCAAGUUCUUUGGCAAGGGGAAGGGCUUAGAUUGUCCCUGUGAAGAAACGGUGUGUGUCCCCUCCCUUGAGGUUAGAAGGGAACAUCUUAAACAUUUUUUUCUUUGAGCAGACUGCCAGCCCUGCCAGCUGCCCUUCACAGAUGCUGAUACAGGUAGUGAGGGACAGUGGGAUGGUUUAAGCCCCCCCUCCCCCCCCUUUCUCCAAGCAGGUAUCACAGAUUUGCAGGACGUUAAAAUGAUAGGAAGACAUCAGGAAGAGGAUACUUGGAUCAAGCAGGAAUAGAUUCCUUGACCCAAACUGACCAGGUCAAGGGGGUGGGAACUGAUAAAACUCUUGGGAGCAGAAAGGGGCUGGUCUCUUCUGACUGGACCACUGAAAGAGGUGGAGCUGGGGCCUGAGUUCUGGAGGUGGCGGCAGCCAUUUUGACCAUGUGCUCGCUCAAGGAGCUGAAGGAUUUCUUCCAGGUAAUGCAGAAUCUGAAGGCAACUCAAAUACCCGAAGUUUCUGAGCCUGCCCUGUUUUAACAGCUGAUAGGGUAUGCAUUACAGAGAAAGGGACAGAGGAAUUGCGUUUAUCCCUCAUUUCUUUUGAAUCCCUUGCUCAGUCUGGUGCUGUGCUGAAAUUGUGCUUGUGAACAUUUUCUUUCUAAUAAACACUUCUCAAUGUUG